GCAUUCAUUUUGAGAUCGAAUUGACAACAACGACUAGGACCAUCUCAUUGCUCCCACACCCGUCAAGAUGGUCCGCUACGCCCCCGCCGACCGCAUUCCCAGCGCCCGCUCUGCUCGAAGCCGUGGCAGUUACCUGCGAGUCAGUUUCAAAAACACCCGGGAGACUGCUCAAGCUAUCAACGGAUGGAAACUCGAGCGUGCCCUUCAAUACCUCGAGAAUGUCAAGCAGCUCAAGGAGGCUGUGCCAAUGAGAAGAUAUGCGGGUAGCACUGGACGGAGCGCACAAGGCAAACAAUUCGGUGUCUCGAAAGCGCGCUGGCCUGUCAAGUCCGCCGAGUUCCUGUUGGGCCUUCUCAAGAAUGCCGAAGCCAAUGCCGACACCAAGGGUCUCGACACUUCAAAACUGAUCGUCAAACACAUCCAAGUCAACCAAGCGCCAAAGCAGCGACGUCGUACAUACCGUGCCCACGGCCGUAUCAACCCCUACAUGUCCAACCCGUGCCACAUUGAAUUGAUCUUGACGGAAGCUGAGGAGGCCGUGUCCAAGGCUGAAGAGUUGGGUGUUGCCAAGGGAACGAGAUUGACCACCAGACAGCGAGCUGCUCGGAGACAGAAAGCCAUCACGGCGGCAUAAAGGGUGGCUGAUGAAAAUGCUCAUUGUGUUCUUUACUCUUCCAGAUGGAUGUGAUUGAUGGGGGACGGUGAGCAGAUCCGAAGGGGGCUUUCUUCGUGCAUUGGGGAGUCCAUGGAAAGAAGCGAUAGGUCGGCUCGGGAUGAUCCUAGAUGAGAGCUCGUUCGCUGCUUCGACUUGCCGGCCGGCAUUACCGAAUGCGACUGAAUGAGAAAAAGUACCUGUGCAAACCCAUGGCCGGUGCUUUCGACAAUCCAAAACAAAUGAACCACAAGGCGUCUUCCGUGUUUCUUCCGCAACUGCAGCAUCUGCCUACUUUGAUCACCAUGUCAAGGCCCUCAUUCCAUCCCCGCUGGUGAUGUAGUCUUGGCCUUAUCAAUGCUCUCACAUUCCCCCUUCGCUCUUGUUUUGAAGUCUGCAUUGUCCCAAGUCUCACAAUGUCAACAGCGACCAGUCAACCCCGCUUUCCA